CCUCAAAUUUGGAUUGUUUGGUAUUGGUUGAUUGCUGCUUGAGUGGAACUAUGACUACCUUGAAGUUUGAAGUUCCGUUAUUUGAUGGAAGAGCGGACUUCAUGUUGUGGCAAUGCACGAUUCANUUUAGCAUUGCAAGAUGAGAAGCCAAGUGAUAUGAAAGAAUCAGAGUGGAGUACAAUCCAGAAGAAGGCUGUCAGCACAAUUCGGUUGGCACUGUCCCCACAGAUUAAAGUGACAGUGCUGAAAGAGACAUCACCAAAGAAGCUGUGGGAAACGUUGGAGAGCAAGUUUGCGUCGAAGACACUUACUAACCGGUUGAUGAUGAGGAUGGACUUGUACUCACUGAAGAUGGAAGAGGGAGGUAGCGUAAUUGAUCACGUCAACAAGUUUAAUGAGCAAGUAUCAAGGCUGUUAAAUGCAGGGGAGACUAUCAAGGAUGAAGAGCAAGGGCUGCUUCUACUAGCUUCACUACCAAAAUCCUUUAAGCCGUUUGUGCAGUCAAUGAUAGCAGGAAGGACUACACUGCGACUAGAUGAGGUGACGACUGCCUUGAAGGAGAGUCAAAGGAUGAUGGGAGGUGAAGAGUCUUCCGGGGACAGUCAUUUACUAGCUGCUGUGAGUGUUGAGAAAGGGAGGAAGAAGAAGAGUGACCAACUUGGGAGAAGAUCUCAUCUAAGAGACAUGAGCACUGUUAGGUGCUAUUACUGUGAAAAGUUGGGUCACACGAAGAACGGUUGUCCAGAACUCAAGGAGGACUUGCAGAUCCUAAAGGAGAAGAAGGGCAAAUCGAAGGAUGCUUCUUUCGCAAAUGUGAUCACUUAUGAAGAUACUGCUGGACAGAAGAUUCUGCAUGAUGGGAGUAUCGCUGUAGAAAUCGCAAAUGAUGUAGGACUUUGAAUUAAGGGGAGAUUUGUUGAGUGUUACUUCAAAGUCCCACAUCGGUGGGAUAGGAAAAUUGAGGAGGGAUUGGAGCCUAUAAAUAAAGAGGAGAUAU